UGGAUAGUGCUGCCCAGGGGGGUUUCUAACACUGAGUGGGGGCUGAACACCUCAGGGCAGGGCACAGUACCGCUUACAGGCCUGGGGGCGGAAGACCUCAGGGGCUUCCAGCGAUGCCACAGAGGCUUUGGAGAUGGGCCAGAUGCCCCUGGGUCCAUGGGAUGCUGUGAUGUGGCAGGGUUGGGGUCUCGGGAGGCUCUGCUCGGGUGCCUCUUGCCUUUUGCCGGGGCACAGCCCAGCCAGGGGCUGACAAGGAGGCUCCGGGCUGGGGCGGGAUGGGCCCUGUGCUGUCUGCAGCCAGGCGCUGCCUUCCCUUCAAGCCUCGAUGCCCGUGCUCCCUCCCACCCCGAGCCACUGUGGAAACUUUUCUCUUAUGUCCUCCAGGCCAUGGUGUAAGACCCCAGGCUCUUCUCAUGAGCUCAUUGAAGGGGUUUUGUGUCAAAAAGAUACAAGGCCCCAAAACCCACUGGACGGAUUUAUUAAAGUGGCCUUCAGCUCUUUUAUACCUUGAGACCGCACACAGGAAAAACGCUACGACUCUUUUCAAGGAGUCAAAAUAGCACACUUUUAUUGGCAAACUUUGCCAAGUAAGGGAACUUGGCAAAAGUUUAAAACAAACAUUAAGUCAACCUAAAGCAUUUCACAAAGCACUGACUUAGCAAAUUCCAAUCCAUCCAGGUUUAAGUUACCCAAGUAUCAAGAAAAGGAAAUUAAGAGAAGUGGAAGAAGUAAAGAAAGAGAGAGAAUUAUAUCUACCACUUUAGAUCCAUCGUAGAAUCAGCUAUCAGAAGUCCAAGAACAGUAGGGUCAUGCCAAUGUGAAGGCCACAUGUCCUUCAGAAAUGGCAGUGGCAAUCACACUCCUCCUGGCUGUGGUGGCCAUCCUGCUCGGAAAGAUGCAUGAUCUUAUAGUCAGUGUGGUCACGGCCCAGUGGAUGAAGCUGUAUGAGGUUUUUCUGCAUCCAGUGAUGACAUGGCUUUGGCAGGACGUUAAGCUGACCAGCCCCUUGGAAGAAGCCUCACUGCUUCCUAAAUUGCAGCGCUGGCCCUUUUGCACUGCUGCAGCAGCUGUGCUCGCCGAGAUUUGCUGGGUGGCCUGGCAAAGGCAUCUUGCCUCUCACAGCUGCCCUGAGCAGGACAGCUCCAGCAGCGAGGAGGAGGAGGAUGACAGUGAGAAGAAGGACCUCAAGGGACAACACCCCAGUGUUCGGAUGUUUUCUGUGCACAAUGUAUUGCCAACGCAGGAACUGUCUGAGAUGUGCAGGGAUGUGCAGAAGUUGGUGCGUGACCUCCUCCGUGUCUGCCGAGUGAUUUGCAAGAAGACUUCCAUGCCAGAGAUGCACCCAGCCAUUGGGAAGGAUGGCAUCCAUGAAUCCUGGAAUGUCUUUGAGGACCGAAUCAUGUACCUGCUGGUUGUGUUCCUGCAGCCACCCCCCGGAUACUCUUUCAGAUUGGAGCUGUAUGGUGGGAUGCACCUGCCAGAGAGGUGCUGCAAUAUCCGUGUGGUGCUGGAGUGCACAUGCUCAGGGACAGGGGAUAUGUUUUGUUUUCUCCACCCCUCUGACAACAACCAUAGCUCUCCCCUCCUAUCCACCCUCUGCACAGGCUCCUACUUAGAUGUGGAGGAAAUUGCCUGCUGGAUGCAAAAUUUGGUGGGAUCAGCCUGGGAGAGUUUGCCUCAGUGGCAUGAUUGGGAGCUCCGGGUGCUGCCCUCCUCCCAUUCCUGCAGGCUCCUGCUGACUGGACCCUCCGAGGUGCAGCUCUGUGUUGUGCUGAUGUUUGCAGUGCAGCAGGGCAGCCCAGGCACCUUCCUGGUCCUCCAGUAGGCAAUGGCAGCUUUCCCAGGCGCUGGUUUGGGCUGGGGCUGCACGGGGAGUUGGGAGCACACACAGCUGGGACAGCACAACAGACCAGUAUGUUCAGUAUAUGAAAGAGAAGGGGAGAAGGAAGAGGAAGGGGAUAGGUUUGCAGUCACAGCAUUUGUCUUCCCAAGUCACCAUUACUGGUGGCAGAGCCCAGUUUCCCUGGAAAUGGGUGAACACCUGCCUGCCCAUGGGAAGACAAAUGUUGCAACUCCAAACAUCCCCUCAGAAUCACAGAAUCAAAUAGGCUGGAAAAUACCUCUGAGGUCACUGAGUGCAUCCUAUGACUGAACACCAUUCCUGGAUGUCACACAAUCAUGUGCCACGUCCAGUCUUUCCUUAACACCUCUGGGGAUGGUGACUCCACCACCUCCCUGGGCAGUCUAUUCCGAUGUCUAAUCAGCCUUUCUGUGAAAAAAUUCCUCCUAAUGUCCAACCUACUCUGGUGCAGCUUAAGACUAAGUCCUCUCGUCCUGUCACUGGUUGCCUGGCAGAAGAGGCACAGCUGCUCCAGGAAGUUCUCUUCCACAAACUCUAAGAACCUCCUAGUCUGGCUACUCUCCACUGAGUUGAGUUUCCAGCAGAUAUCCAGCAGGUCCCUCCUCCUUCCUUCUGUCCCCUUGAUGUGGAAUAUCCCUUUGGCCAGUUUGGAUCACCUGUCCUAUAUAUGCUCUGUCCCAGUUUCAAAAUUAACUCUCCCCCAGCCCAAACCAACACACUGAGCAACAGCUUUUGAAUUGUUUUCUGUGACAGAGGAACAAAAUUUGAGCACCAAAGCCUGCUAUCUAGUUCUCAUAAUAGUACAAAAGGUCAUUUUUCCAAGUGGUUAAACUUCACCCUUAGGCUUUCAAGAUUAUGUGCUGAGUCUUUAUUAAGAAAAAUCUUAUUGCUUUAAGAAGCAGCCAUUGCUUUUAAGAAGAGAGAGACACUGUUUUUUUGUUAAAAACAAAACAUAAACAAGAAAGCCUUAUCCCAUUAGCAGCGUGAAUGGCAUGUGAAAAUAAAGUUUGUAAUAAAAAUUGA